AUGUUUCUCUUAAUCAUAUUCAUUUGUAUUGCCAUUUACGCUUUCAUUCAAUGGCAAGCAGUUCGAAAAUUGCCCAAUGGCCCAAUCCCUUUUCUUUUCUUUGGAAAUCUUCCCCAGUUAAUGUUUUAUUCGUACAAAAAAGGUGGUCUUGUUGGUGGAAUGGUGGAAAUGGCAAAAAUAUAUGGAGAUGUGCAUACAGUUUGGUACGGUCCUUAUCCCACUAUACAGUUGUGUACGUUUGAGAUGGCCAAAGAAUUGAUGGUCAAUCAGGGUACAACUCAAAUCGGACGAUAUACUCCAUUCUUCACACGAGCCGCAUCUUAUGAUGAAAAGGGAAAUCAAAGAGGAGUGGUGUCCAGCGAAGGAGAUCAAUGGCUUGAACACAGACGUUUCAUUUUGCACACUUUACGCGAUUUUGGAAUGGGAAAUGCCCUGCAAGAGCAAUUGAUCUAUCAUGAGAUCGAUUAUCAUUUUGGUGAAAUCGAAAAGAGAAUGAUUGAUGGAAAAGCGACCGUUGUGGUUGACGAUUUCACCGAGCUUCUUAUCGCUUCGAUCAUCAAUCGUUUACUGUAUGGAUAUGGCUUUGAUGAGUCCAACCAAUCCCGUUACUUCGAAAUCCGCGAUGAGGUAGCAAAAUUCAUCAAACAUUUGUCACCAAUUGAUUUCUUUGUGACCGAUUGGUGGAGAUAUGUGCCAAUAUUGAAAAACCGCUAUUUCCACAUCUACAAUGUUCUCGACGCUUUCAGAGCGUUUUCGAUGGAAAAUAUUCAAAAGAUUCGAUCGCAGCUCAGCGAUCAAGAUGUGACACUUUCGGGGGAACAAGCCGGCGAUUUCGUUCAUGCUUAUUUGAUUGAACAACGAAAAAGAAUCAAAGAGAAUGGAGAGCCGGGAUAUUUUGAUGAUGCCGGUUUGUUGGGAGAUCUCGUCGAUAUUUGGGGAGCUGGUCAAGAAACGACUUCAACAACCCUUCAAUGGGCAUUUCACGAAUUGUUGUCAAGGCCGGAAAUUGUGGAGAAAUGUCGGAAUGAGAUCAACGAAGUGACCGGUGAUGGACGUGUUCUUUGUUUAAAGGAUCGACCAAAAACUCCAUAUCUCAAUGCUGUGAUCAAUGAAAUCCAACGAUACGGUUCGAUUCUUUCGGUCAAUUUGUGGAGAGUGACGACAGGCCCUUGUCACAUUGGUGGAUGUGAAAUUCCUGUGGGAACACUUUCAACAGCUCAAUUAUCUGUUAUCAUGCAAAAUGAUCGAGUUUUUGAUCAACCACAAGAGUUUAAUCCGGAACGUUAUUUGGGAAAUGAUGGGAAAUUACAAGAACAAUCGACGAUUCCAUUUGGGAUUGGAAAGAGAGCUUGUUUGGGAGAAUCGCUGGCGAGAGCUGAGCUCUAUUUGGUUUUGGGAAAUCUUCUUCAACGAUAUAAACUCUCAUUCGAUCCAAUGGAAGGAUCACAAGGAAUGACAAACAAAUAUUCUCCCAUUUAUAAACCAAAAACUUUUAAGGCCGUUUUCGAGAAAAUU